AUGGCAACAGAUAUCCAAAAGAACCUGGUCUCUAAGAACGAAGAGUAUAGCUCAUCUUUCACAAAAGGCCAUCUCGCGCUCCCACCAGCGAAGAAGUAUCUUGUGGUGACUUGCAUGGAUGCUCGUAUCGAUCCCGCUGCAGCCUUUGGUAUCGAUCUCGGCGAUGCACAUGUGAUUAGGAAUGCCGGCGGCAACGCCAAAGACGCCCUCCGAUCGAUCCUGAUCUCUCAACACCUUCUCGGAACACGGGAGAUUGUAUUGGUCAAACACACUGGCUGCGGCAUGCUCACAUUCACAAACACCGACGCUCUUUCCCUCGUAGCACAAAACGUUGGAACAGGUGUUUUGGCUGGUACAUACGAUUUCCAGCCUUUCCCAGAUUUGGAGAAAGCCGUCAAAGACGAUGUGGAGUGGCUCAGAGGUCAUUCUGCUUUGCUAGGAAAGACGAUUUCGGGCUGGGUAUAUGAGGUUGAAACUGGUAAGACGAAGCAGAUUUUGUAG